AUGAAGAAAGCGGAUAAGGAACAUACACAUUACUUCUUCUCAACUGUUGCUAUAGAAAAUAUUGAAGGAACGGUUGACGGAACCGAUGGGGAUGCAUUAUAUUAUAUUCCUCCUAACUUUCCACAAGGUUUAACAUCGAAUGAAAACAUAACAACGAAUAAAAAAAUUAAAUGUAAAAAUGUUUAUGUCAUGAGUAGUGAAAAUAAUGUUAAAUUCACUGUUCAAGAUUUAUAUGAUAAGAAAGCGGAUAAAACAUAUGUUAACGAUGAGUUAGAGAAGAAAGCAGAUAAAACAUAUGUUAACGAAAUAUACCAAAGUUUGAUAGGAACAACAAAAAAUAUUGAAACUAUUGUUGGUGACUUUUCUGUCAAUGAAGAAAAUAAAUAUUUUAGAUGGCAGUUUGUACACUCCUUAAAAAAUGGUACACGGUGUAAACUCAUUCCGAAAAAUAACAAUGAAAUGUAUGUAAGCUAUAAAAAGAAUGAUGGUACACAAGUUAAAGUUCCAUUAGACAACAACUGCUACUUAAACUUAUAUGGAGAUGGACAAAAGAAAUAUUUAAGAGUUUAUGAAAUGGCAGAUAUGACAUUGCCUGACCCAGCUCCAGCACCAUAUUAUUAUGACUAUGGAGAUGACGACAGAACACCACAUGUAGAUGAACAAAAGCUAACAUUAUAUUUAGAUUAUUAUAGAUAUAAAAGAUAUAAUGCAAUAGAAAAAACGAGAAUAGUAUAUUAUUAUACAGAUGACAGAAAUAAAUAUUAUAGUCAAGAUUUUACCUACCCUGAAAACAUAAGAUUAUAUUAUAAAAAAUAUUCUGACACAAACCAGAAAAAACCUGAAAUAGUUGCACUAUAUUUUAAGUUCAAAAGAGAGAAUCCUAUAAUAUCUCAUAUGUUUGAUUUAAUGAACCCAGUAGGUUCUAUUUAUACAUCUAUGGAUGCAAGAGGUCCUCAAGUAAUGUUUGGUGUUGGUGCAUGGGAACAAAUAGUCGACAGGUUUUUGUAUUGUGCAAACUCUUCAAAGGAAACAGGUGGAAGUAAAACAAUUUCAGGUGAAAAUUUACCUGCACACAGUCACUACAUAAAUUUAAGUACAUCUCAAGCAGGUUGGCAUAAGCAUAGAUAUUGGGAUUGGUCAGGAAUGACAAAAGGUAAAGGAUAUGAUGUUAAAGACAACGUUAAGUUUGCUAUAAAUUGUUACUGGAGCGACACUCAGGGAGAAGGAAACCAUACACAUUUCGUUUCAGGAUAUACACAAACAACGGGGCAAAGUAAAGAAUACAUGCCACCUUACAUGACAGUUUACGCAUGGUAUAGAGUUCAAUGA